AUGAGGAUUAUAGAACUUGUAAUCGAUGGCUACAAGUCAUACGCUGUCCGAACAGUCAUCUCUGGCUGGGACGAGAGCUUCAACUCAAUCACAGGACUCAACGGAUCCGGGAAGUCGAAUAUUCUCGAUUCGAUAUGUUUCGUACUAGGAAUCAACAAUUUGAGCGUGGUGCGGGCGCAGAACUUACAGGAUCUCAUCUACAAACGUGGCCAAGCAGGCGUUACUAAAGCGAGCGUUACUAUCGUUUUCGACAACCGCGAUAAAUCCAAGAGCCCCGUUGGCUUCGAGGAACAUGCGCAGAUAUCGGUGACUAGGCAGAUCGUACUCGGCGGCGCGAGCAAAUACCUCAUCAAUGGACACCGCGCGCAGCAACAAAGCAUACAGAACCUGUUUCAGUCUGUGCAGCUCAACAUCAACAACCCCAACUUCAUGAUCGCACAGGGAAAAGUCAUGCAGGUGCUGAAUAUGAAGGCCAAGGAGAUUCUGGCUAUGCUGGAGGAGGCUGCUGGAACACGCAUGUUCGAGGACAGGCGAGACAAGGCCUAUAAAACUAUGGCAAAGAAGGAGAUGAAGGUGCAAGAGAUUACAGAGCUGCUACGAGACGAGAUCGACCCGAAGCUCGAGAAGCUGCGAAUGGAGAAGCGCGCAUUCUUGGACUUCCAGCAAACGCAGAGUGAGCUCGAACGCCUCACAAAACUGGUCGUUGCGUACGACUACAUACGAUACAACGAGCGAUUACAACAGUCUGCCGAGGACCUCGAAGCAAAGAAGCAAAGGGCGAAGGAUCUCGACGAAUCUUCGGUGCGCAUGAAGAAGGAGAUUGAGAACCUUCAAGAGGACAUCAAACAAACAAAGGAAACACGGGAGAAGGAACUGCGCAAAGGCGGUAAGUUCCAAGCACUGGAAGAAGAGGUGAAGACGAACUCGCAUGAGAUAGUCCGCCUGACGACGGUUCUGGACCUGAAGAGGACAAGCAUGGCCGAGGAGGUAGACAGGAAGGAAGGCAUUGAGAAGAGUGUCAAGGAGCUGGAAAGGCUACUGCAUGAGAAGAAGCAGACGCACGAGAAGUUGCAGGAGAAGUACCAGACGGCUCAUGCCGAGUUGGCCAAGCAAACAGAGGAGGUAGAGAAGAAAGAAGAGCUUCUACAAACCCUACAAACCGGUGUGGCAUCUAAGGAAGGCCAGGAAGGCGGUUACCAAGGCCAACUGCAAGACGCCAGGAAUCGCGCCAGCGCAGCCGCAACUGAACAGGAGCAGAGCAAGCUUAGGAUAUCGCAUCUUGAGAAGCAGAUCAAGGAGGACGAGCCGAAGGCGAAGAAGGCAAAAGAACAAAAUUCUGGACUCCUCAAAGAUCUCGAGGUAUUGAAAUCUCAAGCCAAGAAGCUAGAAGCGGACCUAGCGAAGCUAGGCUACAACGAAGGUCAAGAGGCGGACAUGUACCAGCAAGAAUCGCAUCUCCAAGCGCGCAUACGGGAACUUCGACAGCAAGCAGACGGUAUGAGGCGACAAGUUGCAAACAUUGACUUCAGCUACAACGACCCCUCCCCAAACUUCGAUCGGUCUCGUGUGAAGGGUCUUGUCGCUCAGCUCUUCACACUUGAAAAAGAGCACACUAGGGCAGGUACCGCUCUGGAGAUCUGCGCUGGUGGUCGGUUGUACAACGUCGUCGUCGACUCGGCUGCCACCGGCAAGCAACUUCUUGAGAACGGCAGGCUGAAGAAGCGAGUGACAAUCAUCCCGCUCAACAAGAUUGCGGCCUUCAAAGCAUCAGCGGAGAAGAUUGGAGCAGCCCAGAGGAUAGCCCCAGGCAAAGUCGAUCUUGCUUUAUCGUUGAUCGGAUAUGAGCACGAGGUCAACGCCGCCAUGGAGUACGUUUUCGGAUCGACGCUCGUUUGUGAGGACGCCGAGACCGCUAAGCGCGUGACUUUCGAUCCUGCAGUGCGCAUGAAGAGUGUCACUCUACAAGGAGAUACUUAUGACCCUGCUGGUGUCUUGUCUGGUGGUAGCGCACCCCAGUCUAGCGGAGUGCUCAUUACUCUUCAGAAGCUUAACGAGAUCACGACAGAGCUCAGUUCACAAGAGGCCCAACUCCGGUCGUUGCAGGAGACCAUGGCUAAGGAGAAGAAGAAAUUGGACGCGGCACGUAAAUCGAAGCAGGAGCUUGAUCUCAAGAGGCACGAGAUCAAGCUCACAGAAGAGCAGAUUGGCAGCAAUUCUUCGUCAUCGAUCAUCCAAGCUGUGGAAGAAAUGAAGCAGACCAUUGCUCAGCUCAAGGAAGACAUCAAGGCGGCAAAGAUUCGACAAGAGGAGGCCAGCAAGGAUGUGAAACGCAUUGAGCGCGACAUGAGCGAGUUCAGCAAUAACAAGGACAGCAAACUUGCCGAACUACAGUCAUCGCUUGACAAACUUAAGAAGGCUCUGAACAAGAACAACGCCUCCAUCAAGCCCCUGCAAACCGAGAUGCGCGAAGCUAUGGUGGAAUCUGAGCAAUGCGGUAGCGAUCUUGCGGCAGCACAAGAGCAGCUGGAAGAGGUCCAAACCAACCUGCAGUCUCAACAAGCAGAAGUGGAUGAGCUGCUGGCUGAACAAUCUCGUGUACAGGACGCGCACGACUUAGCUGCAGCCCAUUUGAGAGAUGAGCAAGCGAAAUUGACCGGUUUCGAUGAAGAGCUCCGCUCGCUCGAAGACGCUAUCAAGUCGAAGAACUCAUCCAUCACUGAAGGUGGUCUAGAGAAACAAAAGCUCGGCCACGAGAUCGAGAGGUUUCACAAAGAACAGGAAGGUGCAGCUGGCCAUGUCAAAGCGCUCGAAAAGGAGUAUGAAUUUAUCGCGAAUGACUCGGAGCUUUUCGGGCGCGCCGGAACAGUUUAUGACUUCAAGGGCGUGAACAUGAACGACGCAAAGAUUAGGCGGAAGUCGUUGGAAGAACACUUCCAGCAGAAGAAGAACAAAAUCAACCCGAAGGUCAUGGCUAUGAUCGACAAUGUUGAGAAGAAAGAAGCAAGCCUCAAGAGGAAUAUGCAAACAGUCAUCCGCGAUAAAUCGAAGAUCGAGGAGACUAUCGUCAAGCUUGACGAGUAUAAGAAGGAGGCGCUUCACAAGACGUGGACGAUUGUCAAUCGCGAUUUCGGCCAAAUCUUCAACGAGCUGCUACCGGGCAGUUUUGCGAAACUGGACCCUCCUGAGGGCAAGACGAUAUCUGACGGUCUGGAAGUCAAAGUCAUGCUGGGCAAGGUGUGGAAACAGUCACUGACAGAGCUGAGUGGUGGCCAAAGGUCACUUAUUGCACUAUCUCUUAUCAUGGCUCUCCUCCAGUUCAAGCCUGCGCCCAUGUACAUUCUGGACGAAGUCGAUGCCGCGCUGGACCUGUCCCAUACACAAAACAUCGGUCGUCUGUUCAAGACCCGCUUUAAGGGAUCGCAAUUCAUCGUCGUCAGUUUGAAGGACGGCAUGUUCCAAAACGCAAACCGUAUAUUCCGCACACGGUUUGUUGACGGUACUAGUGUGGUGCAAGCCACUUCGGGCAGCUCUGGAUAA